CUUAAGCUAAUAAAAUAAUAUGCAGAAGGAAUAUGCGUAAACAAAACAGUUUAAGGCUUCGGCUUAACGCUUUUAUCGAUAGAAAGGUUAAAAAUGUAUGAAAAUGUUCGUAGCUAGAACUUAAAAUUGAAUCUCGGAGACACUAUCUUAACUAAACAAAAACUUUUCCAUGUAAAUUCAAGUAUCAGUUGUGUGUGUUUUUAUAAUUAAUCUGCAUACGUUUCUCAGAAAUUGUUUACCCUUCGAUAAUAUCGAUCCUUUCUGAGAAAAAGUGGAGGUGAAACUGACUAUCAUUUAAGAGGUUAAAUAUAUCACUGGUAAUAUUAUGAAGGACCAGUAACCUCGUUGCAGUCGUGCUAAUAUACGGAGCGGAUGGUCGAUCCAUAACUACUAAAUAGAAUGCGUGACCGUAGACCUCUGUGACACACGAAAGGGGUCACGCUAUGAAAAAAAGGAUUCACUCAAGCCAUAGUUUAUCCAAGAAUGAUCGCUGCUCCUAAGAAGCCAACAAAAGCCUACACUGGCGACACUGUUUCAUUAAGGUGGCACUACAAUUCAGGAGAUCUAAAGGAUGAUCUUUACGAGGUGGUUUUUGGUAUUUGGAAGAGUCCUGGGUUCCUGAAAACAAAGUUGGUAGCUGUCAACUCGAGUGGCUUUUCCUUAACAAGGCCCUCAUAUGAGUCAGCGGUGGGUUGGGCAGGAAAUUUGACGUCCUCUAUGGCUGUCUUUGAACUUUACAAUGUAAAGCUUGAAGACAGCAAAAAGUAUGGAAUUGUGGUAGAAUAUGGCCUCCAAAAUACCCCAUUGACCGGCACAGUUCAGCUUCAAGUUGUAUCCGGACUUCAAGCAAAAUUGAGACACACAGGUCCACCAAAAACUGCUACUACACAACAGAGAAAUGUCACCAUGGCUGUGAUGAGUACUACUUACGAACCUGGGUCUCCAGAAACGUCAAAAGAGCCCGGCGUUUCAGUGCCAUCUGGAGAAUCCUCCUUUAAAUUGAUGGUGGCAUGCGGAGUCAUCUUAUUUGGUGUGAUAACACUCAUUGGGGUGAGCCUUUGGUUUCGCCGUCAUACUGAGAACACCAAAUGUGGCGCACAUCAUUAUAGCUGCUGUAAACCUGUGAAAGGUCUUGUCGACUAUCAAAUCGUUUCUUUUUAAAAAUUUUCGGUAUUAAAUGCAUUGAUAACAGUCCAAGCAUUUAGAAAAACUUCGAAGACCCUUCCUAUAGACGACUCACCCUUUUCACUAAAAGCAACAAAAAAUAAAUUUUGGCGUGUGACCGGGGACAUUCAUGAUACGAGAAUUAAGAGAUGUUAAGUGUUACUGCUCUAGCAGCAUCACUCAUGAUUGGUUCAUCAUGGCACGACAGCAGUUUCAAACGUCGAAAUCAUUUCAAUCGAACUCAACCUAAAUUCCUUUUUAAAACGAAUUGAAAAACUCUUAUCUAUAUGUAGUUCACUCAUAAUGUUGAAUGAAAGCGCAAAUCAGAUCCAUGGAACCAGUUUGAUGUAGGCAAGACUGACCCAAACGAGUCAUUUGAGACCAAGCUGCUCUUAUGACUGCCGCGCAACACGGGUAAACCUGUCUUGCUGAAGUAAAUCUCCCCGAACGUAACACUAAUGGAGAUUGAUUUUACGAGUGCAUAUUUACAUCAAGCACUCCCCCUAGGCAGCGAAAUUGUCAUUCUGAUCAUUUCCUCUAUCAGUUGCAAGCUUUUCUGCCUUCACUUCGGCAAAAGUCCUUCAGCACUACAAAUAUCCUACCCAAGGGAAAACUUGACCCUCGAUGAGCACCUCGAGCCAAAGGUUCAGAAGUUCAAAAAUAGUUUAAGUUAUCCGUAUUGUAGUGACUCAUUUAAACCACCUCUUUCUACAUGCAAUCCAGGAGCCUGGUAAAAAAAAAAAAAAAGAAAAAAACGCACGAAAAUAUUUCUUCAAAGUGUUUAAACUAUAUAGCUAGACAUCAUAACAUAACUGCCGCGAAUUUUUGGUUAAUUUCAUCAGAAAUGAAAAAUCAGCGUUUUCUUCAUACGGCUCAAGCCUAUGAAAACGGAAUAUUUCAAUUUUAAUGUCUAUGUAUACAAGUUGUUUUAGUGGACACUAUAAUUUCAAUAGGUUCGAUAAGUCGUUUAUUAUUAACUUUGACCCUUGCUUCAUUAGUUAUGUUGUGUUCAGACGAAAGUUUUUUAAUGUUUUGUGCGUCGCCAAAUGCAUGACAUGGUGACACUACAGUCAGACAACCCCUAUAAUUCUCCCUUCUAGCCGCUAAAUUUUGCUUGGAAAAUUAUUCAAGCGUUUUUGAUAUAAAUAUAACACUCUCACACUGGUAGGUUUAGCAACAGUUACCCUUAAUUAUAACAUCUGUUAGUCGCUAAAUAUAAUUGUGUUAUUAGGAAGAAGUUACUCUAUGAUGUAAAUUACUCCAAAGAUGUAAACAUGUACAAUGUAUAAAGAUUACGAUUGAUAAUAAUUUGUUUCGUUCCUUUUA